AUGCUCCUGCAAUUAUUCCGAGUACAGGUGUGGUGCGGCGGGCACAGACACACGCUGUCCAGGUGCUACUGCGAUUUCUACACGCUGCACCAGUGGACCAAGAAACUGUACCAAGUGCCUGACUUUCCCUCCAAACGCCUGCCUGGCUGGAGAACCAGAGGGCUGGAGCAGCAGUGGCUGGGCCUGGAGGCCUAUGUGCAGGGCAUCCUGCACUUGAACCAGGAAGUGCCCAAGGAGCUUCUGGAAUUCCUGGGCCUUCUGCACUCCCCCGCAGACCCCAAGACCAGCAGCUGGGGCCCACAGCCAUGCCAUCAGCCUGUACUAGGCUUUGGCCUGGAUCCCUAUGUCCGCAUCCCUGUUCCAGGUGAGUAG